AUGACCUAUAUGCAUUACCACGCGCCUCCACCACUCACUUCCACAUUGUCAGACAUGCAUAGUAAUAUCACACAACAUCUGAAAGACCAAGCUAAUCUAAGGUCAAACUACAAUGCAGCCACUCAGCACGAAUUUCUCACAGCUGCUGGUACGUUGACCCUAUCUCCAGCCCGUCUUGCGCUUUGGCUCUGUCAGGAUCGCAUUUAUGCGGCACACGCAUAUCCACGUUUUAUUGGUCUGCUCAUAUCAAAAAUCCCCUUCGAUGGACCUGCUAUCGAGGAGGAAUUGAAUAGAGAGACUCUCGCCCUGCUGACGAUGUGCUUGGAGGGAAUUAUUCGCGAGGUUUCUUUCUUUGAAGGAGUCGCAAAAGAGUGGAGCUUGGAUAUAAACGGUUGGAAAGAACGGAAAGCCACGCGAGAUUACACAGCGGAGAUGGCAAGGGUAGCUUCUGUUGGUUCAUUGGAAGAGGGACUCGUGUUUCUAUGGGCAAUGGAACAGGUAUACCUCGACGCAUGGAAGUAUGUCAAAUCCCUGUUCCCUCCUCAAAGUGACUCAGAAGACUAUACUGCGAAUGCGAUCCGCCAAUUCACAAACAACUGGACGACACCGGAGUUCGAAGAAUUUGUCCAGAAGUUGGAGGCUCUGACAAACAGGCACUUCGCAAGACGCCACCAUGGGCAUUCGCGCUCAGCUGUACGUGCGAUGGAGAGUAUUUGGGAGAGAGUUGUGGAACUUGAGGAGAAGUUUUGGCCUGAGGAGGGAGAGGACACCUGUUUAAGCUCUAAAACCUUUUGAGGUCGAACACAUUGAAAUAAUGCCGCUUGAUUAGUAUAAGAGUAUAUUGUAGGAGAGGAAACUCAUGUAUCAUAGUAGUGUCUGUCGAAGUAGAAAACAUUUCUCGAUUCGCCUGCAUGACAAAACUACA